AUGGUCACAAAACCAGCAGCGAAACACUUCGAUCAGGGCAACCAGCCGAAACGUGAGGCCGUUGGCAAGAUGCGCCCUGGAAUGGAACGUGACGGGUCCGCAAAGAGACCUGAUUUUCUAGCGCUAAUAUGUAAUCGAGACUACAUGGGAGCGCUCGGCAUUUUGACGGCAAAGGAGGAGAAUAAUUCCGCUCACUUGAGUGACAAGCUGUGGUCCGCAUAUUGCUACUUUCAUCUGAACGAUAUCGCCAAAGCUGCAGAAAUUUAUGAAUCGGUUAUGGAGGAGGACGAAGACCGAGAGAAAAUCCAACUCUACCUGGCAUGCUGCUACUUGUUUCUGGGUCGUUACAAGGAAUCGAUCGCCUGUGCUGAAAGAAGCGGCGACUGUUCAUUGAAGCGCAGGGUUCUGAUGCAUGUGUAUCAAGAAUUGGGCAAAUCAGAUCAAGUAGAACUACAGAUGAGGAAGUUGUCCGACGGCGUCGAAGAUCAGCUGAGCAUCGCGAGCGUCCAUUUUCGUCGAGGGAAUUAUCAGGAGGCUAUCGACGUGUACAAGAAGAUUUUCCUGGAGCACACAGAAUUCCUGGCACUCAAUGUUUACCUCGCUCUUUGUUACUAUAAGUCUGAAUACUACGACGUGGCGUUGAAUGAACUCAAAGCAUUUUACGACCGCUCGUCGCUCAGCUCAACUUUUGUCAAGCAUAUUGUGGAACAUAAUCUGGUAAUGGGCUUGGAUCUUUCAGACGACGACCUAAGCAAUUAA